UCUAUUUCCCUGCACAGAAAAGGCGCCUUCCUCUCUCUUGAAGUCAGAGCCACGCGGUUCUCGAGGCCUCGUUCAGAAACUACUACUCCCGGCAUGCCUCGCUUCCUCCCAUUACCCAGCAGCCCUCAGAGCGGAUUUGACGUCUGCUUCUGUUACUUUCACUUGUCGGCCAGAACGUGAUUCGCUGACGUCACUCUGGGGCAUGGAGGCGGCGGCGCAUUGCUCGCUGCGCGUGCAGCGGCUACUACUGGACCCCAAGUUCGAGGGCUACAAGCUGUCGCUGGAGCCGCUGGCCUGUUACCAAGUGCCGCUCGAGUCACCGGUAGCAGAAGUCAGACUUCGAGAUGAGCAGUACACCCUCGAGCACAUGCGUGCUUUUGGCAUGUAUAAUUACCUCCAUCUCGAUUCCUGGCACCAAGACAACGUCUACUAUGUUGAUCAACUUGGAAGAGUCAUGAAUUUGUCUGUUACUCUGGACACUGCUUUGAAAAAGCCCCGAGAAGUAUUCAGGCUUCCUGCAGACUUGACGGCUUGUGACGAUCGACUGUGUGCGUCGAUGCAUUUUACGUCUUCUACCUGGGUAACGCUUUCCGAUGGAACAGGGAGGCUGUAUCUGAUCCAGACUGGCAAGCGUGGCGAAGGUGCCUGUGAAAAAUGGGAAAUAUCAUUCAAUGAAGACUUUGGGAGUCCCUUUGUUCUAGUUCAUAGCACCUCCUUCGUGAAGUCCAAUUUGCAUUCCAUAAGUGUACUACUCUUGCGAGUGGAGAAAGAUGAACUGGACGUUCACGGCAGCGGCUUCCAUGUUUCAUUGGAGUGGGUCACAAUUAGCAAAGUGGCUAAAGAAGGUGUCCAAGAGUAUGUGGUUUCUAAGUGUCAGGCUCUUCACGGAAAGUCAGUUCCUCAUUACGCAGCCAUCGAGCCCAGCAGCGACGGUCUAAUGGUUGUCUCUUACAAACCCUUUGCUUUUGUAAAGCCGAACGGUGAGAACGAGCAUGAGGAAAGCGAGAAGGGGCUGGAGGAUGCAAAGAAGAAAGAGCCCCUCUACUACUGGCAACAAAGUGAAGACAAUUUGACAGUCACUUUGCGCCUCCCGAAAGAAUUCACAAAGGAGGGCGUACAAGUCCGCUUUUCUCCGGAUACUAUCAGCGUAGCGCUGAAAGAUCUGCCCCUUCCUCUGUUGGAAGGAAGCCUUUAUUCAUCGAUUGACCAUGAGAGUUCGACGUGGAUAAUUAAAGAAAAUAACAGUUUAGAGAUUUCCUUGAUUAAGAAAGAAGAAGGAUGUAUGUGGCCAGAGCUGAUCAUUGGUGAUUCACGGGGGGAAUUAAUCGUUGACCCUGCCCAGAGCGAAGCAAUAGCUGAGCGUCUGAUGCAUCUCACCUCUGAUGAAAUGAAUCCAGAUCCUACCAAAGAAAACCCCCCAUGUAAUGCUCAGGAGCUGGAAGAAUGUGACAUUUUCCUUGAAGAUAGCACGAGUUUGUGCAGAUUCGAUGGCAACACCCUAAAAGUCACCCAUGUGGUGAAUCUUGGGAGCAACCAGUAUCUCUUCUCAGCAGUGGUGGAUCCCAAGGAAAUGCCCUGUUUCUGCUUGCGCCAUGAUGUUGAUGCUCUUCUCUGGCAGCCACGCCCAGAUCGGCAGGACACGUGGGAGCACAUUUCCACUUUCAACGCCUUAGGUUAUGUGCAAGCAUCCAAGCGGGACAAGAAAUUCAUGGCCUGUGCCCCAAACCAAUCCUAUUCUGCCCUUUGCGAGUGCCAGAGGCGAGUGUUUAUCUAUCGGCAACCGGCUCCUCUUUCCACCGUCCUCUACAACAGAAAGGAAGGAAGACUGAUAGGGCAGGUUGCUAAGCAGCUGGUGGCAACUCUGGAAACCCACGAUCCUGUUUUGGGGUUUCAGGCAACGAACGAGAGAUUAUUUGUUCUCACAGCAAAAAUCUUGUUUAUAAUAAAAGUCAGCACUGAGAAUUAAAGGCCAAAUCCAUCCUCUAUUCUCUACAUGCAACGUCAGCUCAAAAUAACGACUGCAUGAAUGAAUAGGGAAAUACAAUGGCAUAUUGUCACAUGUACCAUUAUUUUAACCAAUUGCAUGUUAGAAUUUGUCUAUAUUUAAGAAGGAUGAUUUUUUUUCUACGUUAAUCAUCAACAAUACACUAUAUCUGUGGGAAGCCUUAAAUGUUAUGAGAAAAUGUGUUUCUUUUCCCCUUCUCUCUCAACCCUUUUCAGCAGGCAGCACCUACAUGUGAAAAAUGGUUCAUUUGCUGUUUUUCUAAAUAGAUCUCCACUGUUGCUCUUCAGUAAUAGCAGAAUGGAAGUAAUCAGCCUUUUAUUUUCACAGAAUCAACACUGCUAAGUAAAACCAGUCCCGGUUUUUUAGAAAAAGAAAACUAACUAGAAAAUGGCCCAAAUAAUUAAAUUGUAACCUAAAGCUUUCUGAAACUGCCCACCCCUGUUUUGUGUUCUACUUCUUAAAUGGUUUCACUUGGCUCAUUGAACAAAUGAGGGGGGGAUAUGAGCAGCUUUUCCCAGACAUCUUUUUAAUUGAAGCGAAGCCCGUCUCAUUAUGUGUGAAUGUGAUGAUCAGACUGGGUUGUAUUCAGGUCAGAUGAAGCUCUGCAAACAUUUUAGAAAUAAAGUAAGAUGGUUGUUUUUCA